CUCCCUCCCCCCGCUCCUUUCUCUACGGAUGCUGCAGUGAAGUUUGCCGCGCAUGCGCACUCUCGCUCCUCUUUUCCUUGGAAGCGCCCCAAACCCAUCGCACCAUGGCAGAUUCCGACCUCGACUUCCAGACCGGCGAGUCCGGCGCCUCCGCCACCUUCCCCAUGCAGUGCUCCGCCCUGCGCAAGAACGGCCACGUGGUGCUGAAGGGACGUCCCUGCAAAAUUGUGGAAAUGUCCACCUCCAAGACUGGCAAGCACGGACAUGCUAAGGUUAACAUGGUUGGCAUUGACAUCUUCACCAACAAGAAAUAUGAAGAUAUGUGCCCCUCCACCCACAACAUGGAUGUUCCUGCUAUCAAGAGAUUAGACUACCAGUUGGUGAACAUCAACGAAAGCUACAUGUCCUUGAUGGGCGACAACGGAGAAGUCAGGGAGGACCUGCGUGUCCCCGAGAGCGACAUCGGCAAGGAGAUUGAGGCCAAGUUUGAAGCGGGCGAGGAUUUCCUGGUCACCGUGCUCUGUGCCAUGGGGGAGGAAUGUGCCGUCGCCACCAAGGUCUUGCCCAUCAAAUAAGGGAGACGGGAAGACUUUGCUGCCCGCGGCAACAAGCACCGCCCACAAACCAGUCUCUUGCAUUCUCAUUGGAUCUGUCACCAAAGCGUCGGCCUUCACAGACAACCUCAAAUCAUUCUGUUGUGAUUUCUCAUCAUCGAAUCUUAUUUUCUCCUCCCACCCCCAGUUUUUUUUUUUUUUUUUUUUUUUGGGGUUUCUCCUUCUCAUUGCUGUCGGGAAUGUUCCAGCGCGGCUCGCUGCGUGGGUCCUCAUCACUGAAGUUUCUGUUUGGCAACAAUCUACUUUAUAUAAAAACAACUUCAAAAAAAAAUAACCAUCGGUUGCUCAUUCCUGCUUAUUUUUUAUUUUAUUUUUUGGCCUUAAAUGUGUUUUGGUUCUGCCGCUCGCAUUCCUGAAUGUUCAAAAACAACAACAUCAAUGGGAUUCAGCUUUUGUAUGAUUAUUUUUUAAUAUUCUUUAGGUUGAAUAUAGCAGGGGUGUAAAACCUUUUAGAUGGGGAGGGAGGGAGGGAGGGUCGCCCCCCUGUAGAUACUAACUCCCAGUUUAGAUUGUCCCACUAGCGGCCAUCUUGCUUCCCAGCUCCGCCUUCCCUCUGGUUCCGGAGUGAAUCGGAUGCGACAAGGUCUCGAUUUCCUCCCGGUGGCUGGGAUCGGUGGUGGCCAGCACUUACGAGCACUUGAAGUCCACUCAGCAUGUCAAACCUCUAAAAAGCAAGAAACGAGUGAUUUUUUGUUGUUGUUGGUUCCUUACUUUUUUCCCUCCUUUUCCUUCGAUUCCCCCAAAAACCGAAACAAACUUCAGUGAUUCACAGUCAUGAUGCCGGUCUCUUGUCCGAGCAGGAGUUUGAGUGGCGCUCACGCCUCUCGUCCUCCGGGCCAGUCGAGGGCUGACCCGGCCACCCCCCGGUACAAAAGGGAGAGUUGUGUUUUGUUUUGAGGCGGAGUGUGUGUGUGUGUAUAUGUGUGUGUGAGCGGUGUGGGGCCUCCGCAAAGAAGAAUGUGAGGCGGUUUGCAGUGAGGCGUGUUUCUUUUUGAAGGGACUCCAUCGUGGUCCGGGGGGAGGGUGGUUGGAGUUGCAAAACUUUUUGUUCACUCGCGGCCUUUGUCACCUGACUGGAGAUGGCAAAAAAAUAAAAAUUAUGAAACAAAUGGACAAAAACUGCAAA